GGAGAGAGAGAAAGAGAGAGAGAAACAGCAAAGACAGAGCCCUGCCCACUCUCACAAAACCAUUCAACUUGAGCACAGAGAGCACUCCCAGACCUCUACAGAGAACUCCACUUCCCUGGGGUAACCUUCUGAAGACGAUUGCCCUUCCCACACAAAACUUCCCAAAGGACCAGCCAUCCUCUCCGCUCCAGCACUUGCAAGACCAUCUUCUGUCCACACAUCUCCAUCUCCAUCCAUCUCUCAUUUUUCAAUACAAGGAUUAUAUUUUUUUGUUCCUUCAGUUUAAUGUGUCACUUUUUAAAAACUUUUAGUCCAAGUCUUAGUAUUUAUUUGUCCAGAGUUUUUAAGUAUACUUUGUCUGGAGGAUUUCCCCCACCCCUCUUUUGGCAGGAGGACCUACUCUUUUUCCGCCAAUCAUCAUUUCGCCUGCCAGUUGGUGCGUGCUGAGUUGCUCUUAGUUGUCCGGACAGCAGACCUCGUCUCAUCAAGGAUGUCUCCUCUGCCCCUGCUGAGUGGGAUUCUUCUGCUCUUUACCCAUAGCUGCGCCGGUGGCAGCUCUUUGCCCAUGGCGGACUCCUUAGCGAUGGGUGGUGGCCAGACCCCACCACAAACCCAGUCCCAAUCCCAGCUGGCACCGGAGGUCACCAACUGUCCGUCAUGUGCCCUGGCACGGCUAAACGAGGAGGAGGACGGCGGCAAAACCGACGUGGUGGAGGCGGUGAAGAGGCACAUUCUCAACAUGCUGCACCUGCAGGCACGGCCCAACGUCACGCAUCCGGUGCCCCGCGCUGCUCUGCUCAAUGCCAUCCGCAAGCUGCAUGUGGGACGCGUGGCCGAGGACGGCAGCGUCCAGAUUGAGGACGAGGGCCACGGGCGUCUCGACCCCGCUGACAUGGCCGAGACGACUGAGAUCAUUACCUUUGCAGAGGCUGGCGACUCCCAGGGCGCGGUCAACUUCCUCAUCUCCAAGGAGGGCGGAGAGCUGUCUCUGGUGGAGCAGGCUAAUGUAUGGAUCUUCCUCCGGCUAGCCAAGACCAACCGCAGCCGUGCCAAGGUCACUAUCUGCCUGCUGCAGCAGCACCGUGGUGGAGAUGGCCGUGAGGAGACGGCGCCGGUGCCGUUGGCUGAGAAGGUGGUGGACACGCGGCGCAGCGGCUGGCACACUUUUCCAGUCUCGGCCAGCGUCCAGGCCCUGCUGAAGCGCGGCGGCAGUACACUCAGUUUGAGGGUCUCCUGCCCGCUGUGUGCCAACGCUGGCGCCACGCCCAUCCUGGUGUCGGCCAGCAGCGGCCAGGAGCGGGAGCAGUCCCACCGGCCCUUCCUGAUGGCAGUGGUGCAGCAGGGUGAGGGCGGUGAGCCACGGCGGCGCCGCAAGCGGGGCCUGGAGUGCGACGGCAAGGUGAGUGCCUGCUGCAAGCGCCAGUUCUACGUCAAUUUCAAGGACAUUGGCUGGAGUGACUGGAUCAUAGCGCCAGGGGGCUACCACGCCAACUACUGCGAAGGCGACUGCCCCAGCCACGUGGCCAGCAUUACAGGCUCCUCGCUGUCCUUCCACUCCACUGUCAUCAACCACUACCGCAUACGGGGCUACGCACCCUUCCAGAACAUCAAGUCGUGCUGCGUGCCGACGCGGCUACGCGCCAUGUCCAUGCUCUACUACAACGAGGAGCAGAAGAUCGUCAAGAAGGAUAUCCAGAACAUGGUCGUAGAGGAGUGUGGCUGCUCCUAAAAGCCUAGCGGAACUAGAGGGGCUGGGAGGUUGGUCUCAUGCCCAGAGAGAAAGAACUAAAUGAAAGAAGAGGAGGUAGAUGAAGGAAGGAGAAUGCAUUGAGUCACUGUUCUUCUCCCCUUCUCCCUUUAUCUCUCGCUCUCUCUUAAGCGCAUGACACUUGUCAAGACCGACUCCUUUUUGGACUUGAUGACUGGCUUGUUCUCCGGUCGUCGGCAAGUCCAGGGGGUAUCUACAACUCAGAGAAGUCUCUGCGGCACUUUCAGAAAAAAAAGAAAAUAAUAUUUAAUAUAUUUUUGUUACAAAACAAAGAGAGUGAGGUGAGAGGAUAUUUAUGUGACCCAGAUACGGUGUAGUUGCUCCUUUAAUGCACUGCAAGACGAGAGACCAUGCGAAUGAGGUGCCUGAAAAAUCUCAAAACUAUGCAACUUGUCAAGUAUUACAAUUUGUAUUUUUAUUUAGCCUGUUUCAUUUUCUCAAUUGUUUACUUUUUCAGAACAUAAAAAAGGAAAACUUUUUUAAACUAUGUUUUUCGUUUGUUUUAGUGUGCCUGUGUUUGUGUGUGUGUGUGGUGUGUGUGUGUUGAGAGAUACUUGAAAGAAACAAGUUUGACCAGAUGCUGGAACCAAACAUUUCUCUAUGUAUAAUUAUUAUAAUUUUUGUUAUUGAUAAUAAUAUUAUUGUUUAUUGUUUUUAAAAACGUUACGAACGUUUUCAGUUUGCACUAUACCAACAUUCUGAUCAGCCUAGUCACAAAUAUAAAUGGUAUUCUAAAAGAGGUUAAAAAGCACUUAUGAAUGGACAAAUCAAUAGAGCACAUGAGUUUAAAACAUUUUGAGAACACGUAGACACAUUUAUGACUACAGCAUUUUUUUGACCACACCAAAGAGUUUGUGUGAGCGUUGCCAACCGUCAUUGUGAGGCUGUUAGCAAUCAUUUCACAAAGACCUCCAGGUUAGCCUUAGCAUAGCCUAGCAUCAGUGCCCAAACAUUCCUUCAGCUCCUGCACAUAAACGUCAUUUCCCAUAAUGCUUCACUCAGACCUAUGUUUUUCACACAUUACUAUGUUGUUGGAGAGUGUAUUAUUAAUGUAACUGAAAAAAAGCACUUAUGAAGGCCAAUGUUGUCGUGUUUUGGAGGAAAAUGAAUGUGUCCAUUGAAUUUGGAAAUAUCCUGAAGAUCUAGUUAAAACAGUUUAAUAUUUCCAAAUAUCUCACCAAAUAUUGGAAGGUCCCAUCUUACAACAAGUAAAACAAAUUGUUUGGAGGGAUGGUUUCUUUCGAUGUCUGAAAUUAAGCAAUUCGAAACUGAGUAACACUUUAUUUUACUGCCCACUGUUUACCGGGUAGUUAUUUAGAAAUUGCCUUAUUAAUACAUUGUCAUUACACUUCAGCUUCCUUGAGAUUCAUUGACACAAGCUUCACAAUAUACCAUUUGGUACGAGAUACAGCAGAUACCAGUUGUAUUGAAUUCUAUUUCAAUGCUGAUAGUGUUGAAGUACUGUCCAAGAAAGUAUCCAUUGCACAUAGAUUAUUGGUUAAUACCAUGCAAAGUAUACACAUUUAAAAUGGGAUGUCAAAUAAAGUGUUACCGAAACGUUCUCUCACAAAGUUGUGUCUUGAAGUAUAGACUCAUUAAACAUUAUAGAAGCACAAUGUAUCUUACAUUGUGCAUUGAUGCAUACAAAAAUAUCAAUAGAGAAAACAUUUUAAAAAAGAAGAAAAAAAAUGUGGUUGUAUUUGUUUUCAUUUUAUUUUAUUAAUACAAAAUAAAUGACACUGAAACAAGUGGAAUAAAAUUAUAUUUUAUUCUGUAUAUAUGGAAAUCCAGAUACCAAUAUGUUGCAUUGCUUUGUUGUACAAAUCAAAAACGUGCUUGUGGCUAAGUUUUCUAUCUAAUUUAUUUUAAAGUAUUUUUGUUUUGUUUCGCUUCACCAUUAAAGUUAAAAGGAUGUACA